ACGUCAAACAGCAAAGACCCCAACAUACACAGGGAACAAAAGUAGAUGCCGUGGAAAACCUCGACACAACCGAGUGACAGUAGUGGAGUUCUUGGCGUGGUUUUAAAUAUAUUGGUCGGCACCUUUAAGGUACUAGAGGCUCUUUGGAAAGUGACCCGAGUUGUAGUUGACACGAUGUUUUCUGCCGAAGAUCACCCUAUAACAGCGACUAAAGACUGUAUGGCCUCGACUAGCAACGAUUCGCCGAACGUGGCAACGCCAUUGAUCAACAAGGACGACGACGACGCCGAGACUUGUGGCAGCUGCAUCGCCGCAGAGUACCGAGUACGCAACUUCCGGCUGGAGUACAGCUACCCGGGAGCCUUUGCGCAAUCUCAGUGUGGCAACCAGAUAUGGUAUAUUGUAUGGAAGGUGUUCGGGGUCAUUUUCACCGUUUCUAUAACUGCCAUCUCCAUUGCUUUGGCCAGUAGCCAUGUCGAGACAUCGGCGGAUAGUGCGAAGUGGCUCAUAUACCAAUCCAACUGGAGUCUGCUAAUGUUGACGGCAAGCGCUGUCGUCGAGUUUGUUAUCGCCGUCCACGUGCAACAACACAGGCAGCAUCUAAUCACAGGAAAACCUGGAAGUCAUCAAAUGCCCUGGGAGCUGAAACUGUGCUGGGUUCUGUACAACAUAUCCACCCCUGCCGCUUUUUUCGCAACUAUUAUCUUCUGGUCCGUGGUGCAUACCCACUCUAGUCACAGUUUUCUCUACCUCAGUUUGUUGUCUCACGGCCUCAAUGCCAUCUACGCCUUACUCAACUUGAUCAUCACAGCAAUACCUUCCAGAAUUCUGCACUUCUACCAGCCGCUGGGGUACGCUUUGCUGUACGUCAUCUUCACGGCGAUCUACCAGCUUUCAGGCGGCACAAACUACCAGUACCAGUCGGCCAUUUACCCUGUCUUCGACUGGUACCGUCCCGGUAUGACGCUCGGCUUCCUGGCUGCCGUGGUUGUGCUCGUCGUAGCAAUGCACGGGUUGGUGUGCAUCAUCGCCUUCUUACGGGCACUUGUCGUAUCCAAGUUCAAAACCGCGCACGAAGUAGAAAAGCCACGGACGGUAGAAUCGUACCAGCUGCAGUCACCGUAGACACGAUGUCAUCAAAAGCUAAAACUGUUAAUGAUGCAAUUUCUGUUUGUUUGUUAAAACCAUGUUUUGUUAAAAAGAAGAAGAAAAAACCCCAAACAACAUACAAUAUAUACAUUAAACACUGUAACAAGUUGAAUAUUAUCUUCGUAAGCUAAGACUAUUAUUGAUUUCCUAUGCUCAAUCCAUCUUAACACUGGCAAAAUUAUAAACCUGGCAUAGUCAUGAGGGAAAGCGAUCGCGGUUUCUGGCUAAACUGGUUUUUGCGCCUAACGUUAAAUAAAUGUGCGGCAAUAAAAGACGAUGGUACCAGUUAAAUUAUUCGCGAGCGCUCGGCUCUCUGAACACGUCUAGCUCUUUUUUUGUAAUAUAUGUUACAGAAAAAUCAAUCUCCACUGAGGGGAUUUGAACCACAGACUCAGUACAAGAUUCCAACGCUCUACCAACUGAGCUAAUAGGGAAAUUCCCUCCA